AUGGCUUUAAGCAACUCCUUUAGCACGAAAGAAAUCGCGUUAGCCGUUUCUAUGGCUGCCGGGGUGGCUUACUCGCUAAAAAUGACGAACAACUCCAAGAAGCGUCUGCCUCCUGGCCCCAAAAGUCAUCCGUUCAUAGGCCAUAUGUUAUCAAUACCACGCUCUUCCGAACACGUAGCAUACGCGAAUAUGAGCAAAGAGCUCAAUAGUGAUAUUGUAGCUUUGUCCGCCAUGGGUCAGACCAUUGUUGUAUUGAAUUCGGCCGAGGCAGCAUCUGAACUGUUGGACAAACGCUCUUCAAUAUACUCCGGUCGAGCUCAGAUCCCUGCCGUAUGUGAUGAGGACAUGAUGGAUUGGGGGCAGGGGGUCUCAUUUUUAAACAACAACGAUCGAUGGAGACGCGACCGUCGUAUGUUACACGAGGCCUUGCAUAAAGGCGCAGUUCCACGUUAUUAUCCGGCACAGGAAAAACAAAUCCAGGCCUUAGUCGGGCGCUUGUUAAAUACGCCAUCUACACUUGAGGCAUUUACUCAGGAGCUGCGGUUUGCGUUGGGAGCCACCUUGCUCCACUCAACAUAUGGAUACCUGCCGACCUCGCCUGAUGAUCAUUGGAUUGCUGAUGCGACUACGGCGACCGACCAUAUAGCCCAGGCGGCACAACCGACUAAAUUCAUCGUGAAUUUCAUUCCUUCGUUGAAGUUCUUACCAAAUUGGCUCCCCGGAAUGGGUUGGAGACAAACGAUUAAAGAAUGGAGAGAACAUAAAGAAAAGAUUACUGCAGCGCCUUACAACUGGACUAAAGAGCAAAUUAGAAAUGGGACAGCCGCUCCUUCCAUCGUUGAAAACCUACUUUCCGCUUUUCCGAAUCAUACCCCACAUGGGGACGACGACUUGCACAUUAAACUCAUGUCGGCAACCAUGUUUGGAGGAGGACUUGAGACGACUGUUGCAACGGCUUCAUUCUUCCUUUUGGCUAUCGUGCUUUAUCCGGAAGUAGCGGUGAAAAUCCAAGAAGAAGUUGACCGAGUGCUGGGAAACGCUGAGCGAUUACCAACCGUACAAGACCAGGAGGAGAUGCCCUAUUUACGCAGGGUGCUUUUGGAAGUUCAACGAUGGCAACCAGUCAAUCCCCUCGCGAUUCCACAUGCAGCCAUGGAAGACGAUGAAUACAGAGGGUACUAUAUUCCAAAAGGAUCCAUUGUUAUCGGUAAUACCUGGUCAAUCACUCGAGAUGAGAGCAUUUACCCGGAGCCAGAGUGUUUCAACCCGGAUCGGUACCUUGACCCCAAGGUACCCCCUGCUCCGGUCUUUGGUUAUGGAAGGCGGGUCUGUCCAGGAAAUCACUUUGCAGAUGCAAAUUUAUUCCUAUUGACGUCGUCUCUAUUGUACCUGUAUGAUGUCAAGCGCGCGGUCGAUGAAAAUGGCCGGGAGAUUAUACCAGAAAUCAAAAUGAUGAUAGAUUCUACUAUAUCACGGAGUAGCCUCAGUAUGAAGAUUAAACGCGGUGGUGGUGGAGGAACGUUUACGGAGACCUCUUUCGCUACAACUCCUCCGGCAUCCACACAGCACCAUGGCCACAAGAUACCUGAAAUAGCAGGAUCCUCGGGAGGAUUCCUCGGACUCGUCAUCGGCCUAGGAGUACUCAUCAUUGCAUGCUGUGCAGGUGUCUAUAUUCUCAUGAAAAGACGCAAGGACCGGGGUGAUCCGUUGUGGCGCAGUCGUAAAUCAGUCGGAAACUCGAUGUCACAAGGAAUCCUUGGUGGCAGUAGGUCCAAGAGGGGAUGGGUUAGGACUGGUGACGAUGACCACCAUAUGGGUGAUCGCUCACAGGGAAUUGGUCUCUCAGCGCCUAGGUCGCGCUCACGUUCGCCCAAUCCCGAGAUGUAUUCAAAUCGUGAUCAAGGUGCCUCGGCGUCCAGCGUCAAGCUUUCUGCACCAGGGCCCUAUCCUGACGCGUUUGUUGCGCGUGAUUCUAUCGACAGUUUAGUAGAAGGGCCACAUCAAUCGAGAGGAAACUAUCAGGGCGUUAGUGAACAUGACCACGAAGACACGAAAUAUUCUCCAACUUCAUCCAGGUUCAGGGAACGAAUCUGA